GGAAUGCAGUCAACUUCGAAAUUCUGGGGUCUCCAACAGAAUAAAACUUUUGAAAACUGUUGGACUAAGGACAAGCUAUUAUUGCAUUCUAAUGCCUGUCAACAAUUUGCAGAAAAUCUAACCUCACCUGCUUGGACAAAUGUGUUCAGAGAAGAAAUAGAAGUGGAACGAACAUUAGUUGACACGACAUCUGUACCUAAAUUUUGCCAAUCUGCAAACAUUUCUGAUAAUAAAGGGGAAAAGAUGUUAGAUAUACAUUGGCAGAAAUGCUCUAUAAAACUAGAAUGGUUUGUUUGCAAAAAUGAUACCUCUACAGUUGAAAACACAUACCACAUGGAAGUAGCAACAGAUGCAAAUUACGGGGCCAUUGUAGGUGGAUCUGUCGGAGUUGUCAUUGUUUUACUGAUAGGUGUUACUGUUAUUCUGUGCAAAGUGAGACUAAUUGGAAUUUUUAAAAGUAAUAAUUCAGCGAAUAUGGCAACAAUAGUUUUUACGAAAUCAGUGCGUGAUGACAAAACCAAUCUUGGAGUACAGACGCAACAGCAAGUCCAUGAAAGUUAUGGUUUGGUAAAUCAAGUUCCUGAGAAAAACAACAAAACAAACGAUUUAUAUACACAUGUGCAGAAGGGAAAACGUACGGAGGAUACUUAUACAGAGAGUUCAAAUGGAGAGUAUGAUCAUUUACAUAACUUUGGUGAACGAAAACCAAAAGCUGGUGAAAAUACCUACGAUAGCAAUGCAGGAGUUCGAAACUGUAAUGAUCCCACCUAUGACACUGCUACAAGUUCUACUAGAGUAGAUAUGGAUAAUACGUACGAUCAUUCUUUUUCAAAAUUGAAAGCUUAUUCAGAAUAUGACGUUUCAGAUUCAUGUAUGCAAAUCGAUACAACAAACUAUAGCGUAUAAGGUCAGGCUUGUUAACUAUAUUUGGACCUUAGCUACACCCCAGAAAACCUGAUAAUAUUAUUUUGUUCUUAUAUUCAUUAAUUCGUUCA